GAGUAGUCUCGGUUCCAGAUAUUUAAAUACCGUCCGAAAUCGAGACUACUUCGCUGCAUUCAGGACAUCAAUCAGACAUGCUUAUCAGGCCACUGGUGACUCUACUUGCCCUAGCUGUCGGCAUUGGUGCUCACAAGCAGACGAUUUUCACGGAUGAUAAGCUCCACAACGAAACAGUUUACAAUGCCCUUCCGAUUGCGCCAGAAAACCUGGUCUCUCUUACUGUGGACUCUUUCACAACAUUGUCUCAUGCCCGCUUUCCUCACCAUGCUGUUCGCAUCAAAAAGUCAGACUUUUGCGACCCCACUGUUUCUGUGUACACCGGUUAUCUUGAUGUCGAUCAGGGAGCAAAGCACUUGUUUUUCUACUUCUUUGAGAGCCGCAGAAACCCGGAAACUGAUGAUGUCAUGAUGUGGAUCAAUGGAGGUCCUGGGAGUUCUUCCGCGCUUGGCUUGUUAUUUGAACUUGGGCCAUGUAGCAUCGACGUCAACGGCUCAUCCGCAAAUGGAACCAGAUGGAACCCAUACUCAUGGAAUCAAGAAGCCAAUAUUUUCUUCCUGGACCAGCCAGUUGGGGUAGGCUACUCAUACGCCGACUUUGGUGAAACGAAUGUGCAUGCGUUCAUCACAAUUUUCUUCGAGGUUUUCAAACAAUUUGAGGGUAGACCAUUGCAUCUUUCUGGUGAAUCAUACGGCGGGCGGUAUCUUCCUAUCUUUGCCAGCGAAAUUUAUGAUCAGAAUGAAAUCGCAAAGGCAGAGGGACGACCGACCAUUAACCUUCAAAGCGUCCUGAUCGGGAAUGGUAUCACUGAUAUCUCAACUUUAUACCAAGGGCGUUAUGAGAUUGAAUGCGGCACUGCUGCCCUAGAAAUACCAUUUCAACAAAUCAGUUCUUGUGUGCGUAUGAAGUCGGCGUUACCUCGGUGUCAAGCCUUCAUGCGUGAUGGCUGCAUCGACCAAUUUGAUCACAUGAAUUGCGGGGCCGCUGUUGCCUUUUGCGAUGCACAGCUUAGCACUGCAAUGUGGGCAAGUGGUCGGAAUGUGUUCGAUAUCUCAAUGACCUGUGAAAAUCAAGAACCGUGCUAUGCAGAAAACGCCAUUAUCCGAGAUUUCCUUGAUGCGCCAGGGACACGGAAGAUUCUUGGUGCUGAAAGCCCCGGUAAUUUUUCUCUCUCCUCUGGUGUUGUCGGGCGAAACUUUGUCUCUCACCUCGAUAAGUGGGGACACCAUACCCAGGACUACGUUGCAGCCCUCCUGGAGAGGAACAUUAGAGUGUUGAUUUAUGCUGGUACUUAUGACUGGCAGUGCAAUUGGAUUGCAAACAAGCUGUGGGUGGAUAAAUUAGAUUGGACGGGACGUUCUGCAUACGUGAACGAGAGCUGGAAGUCUUGGUACGUCGAUGGAGAAAAAGCGGGUGAAACCAAGAAUGCUGGCCCCCUAACAUUUGCUACGGUGCUGGGUGCCGGCCAUAUGAUGAAAGCACAGGCUCUAGUUUCCAGAUGGCUCGCCAAUCAAGCCAUCUGCGGUGUCAAAGACAUGCACACUGACACAGCCAACACAGCCGCUCAAUAGCUGAGCGUCGCUAUUUUAGUACCAGGAGAUCAGGUGGAGGAAGCGUCGCGAAGAAGAUCUGUUCUUGUGUCUUAGCUAAUCUAAUUUGAAAUUUGAAGUGUUUUUUUUAACGGUAACUAUGGAUAAUGAUCAUCGCGAC